AUAAUGGUUUGUAUUUAGCUUGGGAUUUAUCUAUUUUUGUUCGGCACUUUUCUUGACAUUACUCGAAUUGUUUUGCAAAGGAUGACCCGCAAAUCCACUUUUAUAUUGAAAGGCAUAACCGGAAACCCUUUUGUGUUUCUCUCACUCUUGACAGUAAUUAUAAAAAGGGGGACAUAACCUGGGAGCUCCGAGCGGGCUUCAGAGAAAGUCAACCCCGCUACGGGGACGGGCUCCGGGCGGGAUGCUUGUGUCCGGUCGGCUGGUCCUCGUGCCGUCGCGUCUCACCUGCAUCCGCGUGCACUGAUGAAGCCCCCGCUGAUGAAGCUCUUGGCUGCCAGAGUGAGGCGGAAAGUGGCCAGAGACAGAGAGCAUGUACUGGCGUGUCGGGUUCGCCUGGACUCGGUCGUGUGUGGUUGAUCUCGGUCCGAACCAGAGCCUCUCCUCCGGUCUGCUGGGGUCCGAUGAGCAGCUCUCGUUUUACGGGUACAUCAUCGCGUACCCACUGCAGGACUGCGGCGGGAUCAUGUCAGCUUUGGGCUCGGACUCGUGGUGGCGGAAAACACUGUAUUUGACCGGAGGGGCUCUGCUCGCUGCCGCUGCUUAUCUGCUGCACGAACUGCUGGCCAUCAGAAAGGAGGAAGAGCUGGACUCUAAAGAUGCAAUCAUACUCCACCAGUUCUCCAGGCCCAAAACUGGCGCCCCAUCUCUGUCGCCUUUCUGCCUUAAGCUGGAGACCUACCUCCGUAUGGUUGACCUGCCCUACCAGAACUACUUUGAUGGGAAGCUUUCGCCGCAGGGAAAGAUGCCAUGGAUCGAGUACAACCAGGAGCAGGUGUGUGGGACAGAAUUCAUCAUCGACUACUUGGAGGAGAAGCUGGGCGUGAGCCUCAACAAGAGCCUGACACCCCAGGAGAAGGCCUUAUCACGCGCCAUCACCAAAAUGGUGGAUGAGCACUUCUACUGGACCAUAGCUUACUGUCAGUGGGUGGACAACCUGGAGGAGACCCAGAAGAUGCUGUCGGUGAGCGGUCCACUGAGUGACCUACUCAAGUGGAUCCUGAGUCACCUGACAGGUGGGAUCGUUAAGAGGGAGAUGUAUGGUCACGGGAUUGGACGGUUCUCUACCGAGGAGGUGUACGCCUUAAUGGAGAAGGACAUGCGCACCCUGGCCACCCUGCUAGGUGAUAAGAAGUUCAUUAUGGGCUCUAAGCUUUCAACAGUAGACGCCGCAGUGUUUGGUCACCUGGCCCCUGCUAUGUGGACGCUACCGGGAUCGCGGCCAGAGCAGCUAAUCAAAGGUGAGCUGAUCAACCUCGCCAUGUACUGCGAACGCAUCCGCCGGCGAUUCUGGCCCGAGUGGUUCGUCGACCUGGAGGACUUCCGCUACAACGACACCACAGAGGGCAGCGACUCGCCCUCGAAGCUCCCCGACCUCGGCCUCUACUCCCGCACGGACACUUUCCAGGACGAUACGCGCUCAAACACUUUACACACUCACACGCCACAAGACCCGCCAUCGUCUCAGAGUGACCCCACGGGCCACUCGCUGUACGACUCUGACAUGGACACGGAGUGCUCUGAAAUAGACCAGCCGAAGUGCUGACGAAACACACACACACACUUAUAGUACACACUACAUAUAGGCACGCCGCAGGAGGGAGCUGCAUCCCACCUAUGUUCUACCUCUUAGAACAGAAAACAAGAGGGGGGUGUAUUCGGCGUUCGCCGGCCGGGACGUUGAGGGUGUAGAAGGGUAAAGUGCCAACAGUAGUGGAGGAAAGAUUGCAGAACAAGGAAAAAAAGGUACAACAGAGAUGAAAAUGGAAAAGAAGUGAAGAGAAAAAAAAAAGAAAUGUAGGUUUAAAAGUGAGAACUAGACGCAUUCAAAUCAGGAGUAAAUGACGCAGUUGCCGAGAAACUCCUCCACAUCAACUGCAACCUUCUACCCGUUGUCCGUUGCGUGCCCACCGUUGUCCCUCGUAGCAGCUCGCACCACCCAGCAGCGUUUUGCGUCUGUGUGUGUGAGUAUUUGUGAGUGCAUGUGUGUGUGUGCGUGUACCAAAUGAACCUUUAAUACAUGAAAGGAACUGUACAGAAUCCAUCAGAAAGAAAACAUUUCAGUGUAAAUAUAUAAACGAAUCUGACUUCAUUCUCAGAUUUAAUAGAUAAAAACUGUAUUAUAUAUGAGUAUAAAUAAUAUAGAUAGGCUGGAACUAUAGUAUUAUGUCGUCUGUCAUAUGGUGUAAAUAUUCUAGGUGUUUCUCUUAUGAAUUCCUACCCUGCUGGUCUAAGAUCAGCUAGAGGAACCCUGUGAAUUCUUUUACUGUAUGUAUCCGAUUACAGGGAUAUUACAGUAUUUAAACAGUUGAGAAAAGAAAAAUCAUAAAACAUAAUAGGUAGUAAACUCCCAGUUUCCAUUAACAUCUUGUCUGACUGAGGCAAUUAUUUUGCCUCCAAAAAAAUCCCCCAAAUCUUAAUGUACGCUGCUGUAUUUAGGAGAUUUUACAUGCAUUCAAGCAUUGAGCGCACGCCAAACAAUCGUGUAGAUAUAGAGCAAUAGAUAGAAGACUGAAGACUCAAAGUGCAUGGCUGAUUCAGGCCCAUAAGUCUCUCUUAGCACCCCACAUUGAUAAUCUUUAGCUACAUUUCUUAGUAAGCCUAGUGUGGUGGAACGAUGUAGCUUGUUUGUCGGUGCCUCUGGCCAAAUCAGCCGUGCGAGGAUGUAUCCAAUGGAUUAUGGAAAAAAAGCACUUGUUUUCUUUCAGCAUUUCUGUCAGAAAAUGUUACGUAAAGCAAUAAGAGACACAGACACAGGUUCAAUUUAUGCCAGGCUGUGAUAAUUGAGGUGUGUGAUGGUAAGGGGCAGGCUCUAUGUGCGCUUGUCGUUCAUCAAGCGCACGUACCGACAAUGUUUUGUAUGCGUGGAAGAAAGGGCGAAAUACUAUUUAUGUUCCUGUGCAUGUUAGCCUCACAUCAUUUUAAAAAUAUUUAGCUCUAGAAGUUUGUUGACUGUACUUACAGUCCUGGUAUAAAGAAAGCACACCCUCUUUCAACUCUAAGGUCAGAAAACAUGUCAGGACAUAUUAAAAAGUCACAAGGUCUUAACAGAUUCUAAAAUAAUGUAUAUAUAGCCUCAGGUGAAUACCAACACAUGACUUAUUACACUGUGUUGUUAUUUAAAAAAAAUAAGCUGAAAUGCAGAAGCAGGAUGUGAAUAACCAAGUAUACCCCAUGGUCCAGUAGCCAUCUUUAAGCAUCAGUAAUCGGACGUGAUUGUUUUCUCCAUGACUGAAUCAGUCUCUCACGUUGUUGUGGUGAAAUUCUUUUCAUGUGGCUGCAACACAGACCGACAUCAUCACACCUCCACUCCUGUACUGGACAGUUGGUGUGACAUAUUUGUGUUUAUUUGCUUUGUUUGGUUUUGUCCAAACAUGGUGCUGUGCAUUAUGGCCAAACACCUCCACUUUAGUCUCAUCUAUCCAAACGGCAUUGUUCCAGGUGUCUUGUGAUAUGUUUAUAUGCAACUUUGCAAACGUUAGCCUUGUUGUCAGGUUCGUGUCAUAUUUUAAAAGGAAUGGGCAAACGAGUUACCAGGAGAAAGUUCAGUCUUUUUCUAACUGUCCUGUCAAGAACUGUAAUGUUUAACAUGCUAACUGAGGCCUGUAGAGUCUCAGAUUUAGCUCUUUGUUUUUUUCAGUUUCUGUAAACACGGCACAGCCGGACUUUGGGGUGAAUUUGCCAGGAUGUCCACUCCUGGGACGACUGACAAAUGUUUUCCCCUUGAGAUUAAUCUUUCUCACUGUUGAAUGACAGACUUCAAAUUGUUUAUAACCCUUCUCUAUGAACUUUGCAGAAGUCUUCGCUCCUUGGCAGUGUGUUAAUGCAAACAAGCGGCAAAACCUUUUCCUUUCAGAGAAUUGCUCGCACUUCCUGAUGAUCAGUUAAUGAAGUGCAUUUGAUUAACAGCAUCCGGUUGCUACUUCUGUGGAAGCAGUGAGGGUGUACACACACUGCAUCUGGCUUAGUUUUAGUUAAGUAAAUAAUGACAUGGUGUAAUAAUGUAUGUGUUAUUUUUCACAUCAGGCUGUAGUUACCUCAUUUAAGGAUCUGUUAAGGACCAGAUGUCCUGAUGCGCAAAACUGUAAAACUUAGUGUGGGUGUUCUUUCUUUUUCACACGACUGUACCUGAGUUAGUUAGGUGAACUUAGCAAUCACAGUCAGUCCCAGACAUUUUAUUCGACCUGUCCUACACUCUGUCCAUAACGGAGUUCCAGAGUUGCUGAAACUAAAGGUUCUGUUAGGGAACUUUAGGGGAAAUUACAGAUCUCACAGUAAACAAAUUGUGGAUGUGAUCAGUAAUUACAGUUGGAAAAACUGCAAUUUAAACCCAGAUGAGAGGCCUUUAAUGGGCGUAUACAUGAUGUCAGCCAGUAAGUUACACUAAAAUAUAUUUGGCGUAAUUUUAACAACUGCAUCUCCAGUUAGUCAUUUGUCCACCAGAGAGCACUGGAAGCAAUUUUUUCCAAAUAUGCUCACAACUCCCGCUGCUCUCAGUUCUAAUAACCACAUUUAUAGGAUAACAUUAAAAAUGUCUUUUAUGCUAUAAUACGUUGCUUUUGUAUGUUUGAGUCUUUCAAAUGCUCAGAUUUGUCUCCCAAAUGUGCAAGCGUGGCUUCGUUUGUGGGGAUGCUGCAUGUAUGUGAGACUAGAAUUAAAAACAGAUGUAGCAUUAACUUACCUCUAAUUCGAAAGAAGAAGCAACAAUCCUACAUAACGAAGGGAACUGAUGGGGAAAGAGUCCAAAGGAUGAGAGGCCUUUUUAUUUACUUUUUGAUCCUUAAGGCACUAUUACGAUUCUGAUGUCGUUUUAAAACCAUGAGUUUGAAUGUGAUGAUGCCUCUCUGUUGAAUUCUGCUCGAUAAAACAAUGCCAUAAGUUGUUGGUCCAAACUCUGAGUCUGAUAUAAGCCUUUUGUGGGGACACAGCAGACACUGAAGCCUUUAUGGGUGUGUGUGUGUGUGUGUGUGUGUAAGUGUGUGUGUUCAGCAGCUGAAUUUCAGUGGAGUAACAGACUGAAACUAAGAAGCUAAUGAACUAAAAAGUUUGGUUUGGUGUCUUAAAACCCCUGGCCUGCAUGCUAUUGCCUUUUAACGUCAGUAGUCAGAUUCAGCCUGAAGCUAAACUGUUUACUUCAUACCAGUGCCAGUGUAUGACUUCUGUUUUUGUAUGUUACAUUUAUUUAUAUAUUAUAUUUAGUUUAUGCUAUUUCUAUUAAUUUAGUAAGAUGACUGAUGUGCUUGAAUUUGAUAAGUAAUUCUACUUUUUUUCUACAUUUUGCACUUUAGUUAUGUUUACACGUGUUAUUUUUCUAUGUCUGAAAAUCACUGUCAGACUAAUGUAUGCAUGGGUGUAUUAGUGCGCUGCUAGAUUUUCUUCAGGCUUCUGCUGACAUAUAACUCUUAUAAAAGCUACACAUGUCCAUGCAAGUCACAGCAGUGGUUGCAUGUAUAUCCACAACCUGGAAAGUUUUCCAGCUCAUACAUGCGGUUUGCUGCAUGUCUGACAUUUAGUGCAGACUCUGCCUUUACAAGACACAAUAACUCAGCUUCACCCCGCAGUGAUUUAUGUUCACUUGAAGCCGAGAUACCAAACUGACACUCGAUCUUCUGUAAGCAGGGUGAGGUGAGUCAUCCUGCUGAUCGGCUGAUCAUCAGUGUCUCCUCUCUCUCGUGCGACUUCACCUCUGGCAGUACAAAUUGCAAAAGUCCUCCUGAUAAGAGUCUGUUGCCAACUCUGUCUGUCUCAGUGUUCCUCUGCAUUUCGAGGUGAGAAGUCGGGGUUUAAGCCCCGCCCUGCGCGUCACUGUUCCCAUUCUACCCCGAUUCCUGCUUGUAGACUUGUAGAAGCCACAUUGCGCUGUUGUCUUGAUGUUGUGCGUGCGGAAAAACACUUGUGGUAUCUUGUUGGACUGUAAAUAAGUGAGCCAGAAAAAAACCAAACUAAAUAUAUAAUUUAUAAAUGUAUAUACACACAUACAUAUAUAUAUAUAAUAUAUAUAUAUAUGUGUAUGUAUGUAUGUAGGAAGACAGAGAGAAUGAGAUAAAUGAAUAUGACCUGAAAGAACAUGCUCUGCAAGGGUUUAAAAAAAAAGAGAUUCUUAUGAAUGUAUCAUAAACAGAGAUAAAAUGCUGUAUGACAAUGGAUUACUUCUAAUAUUUCAUUAAAUAUAACUGCCAUA